AUGCUCUUUGAUUUUGCUUUCUUUCUUUUAGUUUUCUUUGUUAAUCUUUUAUUCUAUAUUUUUUCUUUCUUUUCUCUUUUUUUCCUCUCUUUUUCUUUCUUCUUUUUUCUUUUUUCUUUCUUUUCUUCUCUUUUUGUUUUUCUUUUUUUCUUUUUCUUUUUCUUUUUUCUUUUUUCCCUAUCUUUUUGUUUUUUCCCUCUGGUUUUUCUUUUUCCUUUCUUUUAUUCUCUUUUAUUUUUCCUCCUUUUUUUUUCUUUUUUCUUUCUGUUCCUAUCUUUUUGUUUUUCGUUUUUCUUUUUUUUUCCUAUCUUUUUUCUUUCUUGUUUUUUUCUUUUUUCCUUCUUUUCCUCUCUUUUUCUUUUUCCUUCUUGUUUUUCGUUUUCCUUUCUUUUCCUGACUUUUUUUCUUCUAUCUUUUUGCUUUUCCUUCUUGUUUAUCGUUUUUUUUCUCUUUUUCCUUCUUUUUUUCGUUUUUCUUUCUUUUCCUCACUUUAUCUUUUUCCUUCUUGUUUUUCUUUUUACCUCUCUUUUUCUUUUUCCUUCUUUUUUCUUUUUUCUUUCUUUUCCUCUCUUUUUCUUUUUCCUUCCUGUUUUCGUUUUUCUUUCUUUUCCUCCCUUUUUCUUUUUCCUUCUUUUUUAG